AUGUCAGCAAAUUCACCUAGCAAUGAUAAAAAACCAUGUACAAAAUGUGGUUUAAAAAGAUGGGUAUUACUAUGUGAAGGCUGUCAAACAUCAUUUUGUAUUGAUCAUGCAUCUGAACAUCGAACAUAUUUAUCAAAUGAGCUUGGUAAUAUCGAACAACAAUAUGUUCAUUUACAACAUAUUUAUAAUCAACAUGAAAAACGUCAGGAGCAUCCAUUAUUUUCACAAAUUGAUGUAUGGGAACAUGAUACAAUAUCUAAAAUUCAACAAACAGCCGAGACAGCGCGUACUGAACUUCAACAAAUGCUUGAUGAAUCAAAUAAUCGAAUGAAAACAAUAUUGAAUCAUUUUCGUGAUGAACUUUUCACUGGACGUGAAAAUGAUCAUUUUACUGAGACUGAACUUCAUCAAUGGAAAGAGAAAUUAAUAAAUAUAAAAGAACAAUUAGAAACACCAUGUGAUAUAGAGCUAAUAACAGAUAAGAAUUUAACACCGAUUCAUUUAAUUAAAGUUAUAACAACAAAACAAAAUACAAUGAUUAAAAUUCCUUCAUACUCUCAGCCUAUUGAAUUAUGCAGAAAUACGAAUGAUAUUGACUCUUCUUGUAAUAAUGAACUUGAUAAACCACAAUUAAAUAACGCUGACAUCCGUAACAACUCUGCUCCCGAAGAUGUUUCAGUUUUACAAUCAACCGAGCCAAGUGUGAUACCGAAAGAAGAACCUGAAAAUAUUCUUGAAUCAUGCGAUGUUUUACCGAUUGAAUGUCAAGAUCUUCUUGAUCCAAAUGAGAAGAAUGAUCUUCUAGUUCUUCAGUUACCUUCGACUAUUCAAUCACAAAUACCUGAUAUUCUAAAUAAACAAACUAAUCAUUCUGUUCAAAUAUUCAAUGACAAAGUUGAAUUUCUUCAUAUAUUAAAACAUAGUAAACAAAUAACAGUUUUUAUUGAUAUAAUCGAUAUGGUAUCGGAUGAACGGAACCAUUUAUUAGAUACUAUUUCGGAAUCAGACGAUGUUCAUUCUAUAUAUAUUCAUGGUAUUCCAUUAGUUGAUGAUAAUGACCGUAGUCAUUUUUUUCAACGAUAUACAAAAAUAAAAGCAAUGUUCGAAAAUGAACAUCGUCUAAUAGUUCAAUGGUUUAUUGAUACAGCAAAUGAAUAUAAAAAAAUUGGUGAUAUUUAUAUUGACCGAGGUGAUAAAGACAGAGGACGUUUUUGUUUUGAAGAGGGUAUUAAACUAUAUAAACAAUUAUCUGUAUUUCUGAAUGAAAAUCGAUGUGUUCGAUAA